UGAAUUAUUAACCACGGGAUUAUCUCAAAGUACAGUGCAACACCCAUCAUUGUCCUUCAAAAGCAUCUUCCAGCCACAACCCGCAGGAGAAGCCUCUCCCACGGGAACAUGGCUCGGAGGCUCUGCUGUGCCUGGAUUUUCCUCCUCCUCCUCCUCCUGCCCGGCCCCACAGCCGGUGGGAAGCUGCUGGUGGUGCCCAUGGUGGGGAGCCACUGGCUGAGCAUGCAGGAGGUGGUGGAGAAGCUCAGCCAGCGGGGCCAUGAGGUGGUGGUGCUGAUGCCGGAGGUGAGCUGGCACAUGAAGACCUCGCAGGCCUACGAGGUGCUCACGUACCCGGUGACACAGACCCUGGAGGAGCUGGACAGCGCCUUCAAUGACUACGUGGCCACUCACCUGAGGGGCCUGCCCUUCCCCCUGAAUGUCCUAGACAUGUACAAGAACGCGGUGCACGUCUUCAACACCUUCUUUGGCCAGUGCAAGGACCUGUUCCACAACCAGGAGAUCCUGAAGGCGCUGAACCAGAGCGGGUUCGAUGCCGUGCUGACAGACCCCAUCUUCAUGUGCGGGGCCACGCUCGCCAACCACCUCUCGCUCCCCUUCGUGUUCUUCAUGAGAGGCUUCGGCUGCAACCUCCACUUUGAAGCCCCACAGUGCCCAAGCCCCCUGUCCUACGUCCCAAGGCUGUUCACCUUCAACUCGGACCGCAUGACUUUCUUCCAGAGGGUGGAAAACGCCCUGAUCUCCCUCCUGGAGCUCAAGUACUGUGAUGGUUUCUACGACGAAGCGCUGAAGUUGUCCUCAGAAGUCCUGCAGAGGGACGUGUCCCUCGUGGACCUGGUGGACUCUGCUUCCAUCUGGCUGCUGAGGUUUGACUUUGUGUUCGAGUAUGUCAGGCCUGUGAUGCCCAACAUGGUCUUCAUCGGAGGAAUAAACUGUGCUAAGGAGAAACCACUGCCUAAGGUGAAAAUCACAUGUUCCAGAUCUGGCAAAACCUUGUGUAUUCCUCCUCUCUGCCUUUUUUUAGCCCCAUUUUCUAAAGACAGCAGGGGAAUUGCUCCUAUUUCACUUGGAAUAGGGCCCAGCAAGGGGGCAGAAAUGCAGCAGAGAGUAAACAAGUGUGAAGUGAAUCAGAGGGGAGGGGAAAAAACCUACCUGUGCACACACACUGGUAAGCCCUGUUCAGAAACACAAUAAUAUUACAGGGCAAGA